AUGCGCGCAGUCAACGCUCUCCUGAUCGUGAGGGCGACGCCCGUCUUCGCGUACUUUGAACAGACUCUCAAUGUCCGCAUACCUGACACCUCAGCUAUGCACAACACCGAGCUCACCGGCGGAAGGGGUUCUCUGCAAGAAUGGUACUUUGUGGGCUCGAGAUUUAGCAUCACGACGAAAAGUGGUGGCACGAACACUGGCGACUGUCGUAGCAGCCCCGGCGAGGUCACAUUGGUUGACUCAGGAUUCCACGAGAAGCAGAGGGCGACUCUUAACUCCACGGCCGACUCCGGCGAUCAGCGGUCCUCCGCCUCCUUCGACUUCCAGCUGGGAGCGUUUGCCGCUCUACUCAACCUGAAGUACUACUGCAAGGCUGAUGUAGCUGAAACAGUAGUAGACAUUCCUGUCAAAUGUCAAGCCGCUAUCGUCGAUGACGACCUAAAUCCAAACUUCACCCUCUCCAUCUUCUCGUCGCAGGAUCUGAUCGGCGAACUAUAUCAACCGAGCUUUGCGAGCAAUGCACCAAAGCCAGCAUUCGAAGUCAACAAGUCUGGGUCAUUCCGGAACGCGAAGGUCUCGAAUGAGACGGAGCUGCAUUACAAGGUUCCGAGGAACACCUCACUAUUGCACAUCUUCGGUCCUGGCGCGGACAACCGCUGCUACGCCGCCUUCCGGCCACCACCUCCGUGGUGGAACUCCUCGAGUCCAGCACGCAUCAACACUCACAGGCCAGAGGUGUCGGACAAUGAGGACAUGUUUUGGCUACCUCUCGAUCCCGAAGUUGAGUAUGAGCUUAUUCUGGGUUCUUGGGAAAGGAUGUACCACCCGGAGCUGCCCUCGCCGGAUGCAGUGCCACUGAUGUCGGACCUGGUGAAGAGCAUCGGUGCCAGCAACAGGGGCAAGACCAUCGGGUUGGGGGUGGGCAUCGGCAUUGGUGUUCCCGCACUAAUCCUUGCGGUCUACAUCUUCUGGCGCCGUCUUCGACGACGAGGGAAGAACGCCUCGAAUAACAACCUAACGGACAACAGCGCAUAUGCCGAGCUGAAUGCGUCGAGUAGCGCCUCCCAGUCGUUCCAUGAUCCUACAUCCUUGGACGCGGUUCCGCAUGCCCACUCUCCCUCCCACACAAGAGACACAGCGGAAUCAAACAAGCCAGCGAAGCAGGAAGCGAGGACGGGCUAUGCGGAGAUGCUGCGCCAGCUCGAGGUACCUGCCUCUUUAGUUACCGCUUCCGAUUCUACCAGCGCCUCUCCCGGCAGUGCGAUUUCCUCGAAGCAGGGAACGGCUGCAGCAGCAACCUCGCCCUCCACUGCCGUGACAACAUCUUCCCACACACAGCCCCGUGCGUCGCUGCCCCCACGUGAGCGUGUUGUGAUUCAGCACGAAGAGGAUGCAGGCGAUGCUGAGCAGAUCCGCUAUGAAAUUCUGCCGCCUAUGUAUCGCGAGGAAUGGGGGCAGCAAGGACCUCAAGCAGAUGGGUUGACGGAGCCUGCGGUGGGCGUGACUCCCACCGGCCAAGGACGUCCCCUCCGACGAGCCGAGGAGGCGCCGGAGCCCCCGAUAUCGCCCCAGGAGAUCAAAUCUAUCGAGCUCUUGCGUGCCCUCGAUGAUGCGCUGGGGAUCGAUGGCAUUCCAGAAAGCAUGAGGAAUCCCGUCUCGGACCCCAGUCGAACUUACGAAGUCAGUCGCGGGAACCCGCAGUUGCAAGGGUCCGACUCGGACGUCCGGUUCAAUGCGGGGAACAGCUCAUUGUACCUGGUGUGCGGUGUGCCGUCAGCCACUACAAAUUGCUGUGGGUCAAGAGAAGAUCCUGUAGUCAACUGUAAUGCCAGAGCUAAUAGCCAGCAAUCUAUCGAUAUAGGCGUGGCUGUGAAGUUUGAGAGUCUUGCUAUGAUCACUGAGGCGUCUGCCGUCAUCGUGGAGAUCAGUGAAGCCAAGAGCGGUGGAGGUCUCUCUGUAGUCACGGAAAAUACCCUCCACGGGCGCUGUUGUUGGGGUGUGGAUUCGAUAAGAGCUAUCGUCGUCUUUGCUGCCCGCUAUCUGCUGCCGCUACCUGCUUUGAUAGAUCCUGCCACUUGCACCGAUAUCCAACUCUAUCCAGACCUCCUCGAUCACCGUUGCGACGAUUCCGACCCCGGCUCUUACGUUCUAUCAAUACCUCCGAUGUGCACUAGCGCGACAUCCGCUGCUGCACCUGGCCAAUCUCAACGCAAUCCGAGGUCGUAA